AUGUCCCUCCCCAACCCGACGCUCAUCUUCCUCUCCCGCCCCCUCACCUUCCCCACCAGCACAAACAUCUCCCUCCUAACUCCCUCCAUCAACCUCUCCCUCCCGCUAGAAGGCGGCUUCCUCACCCGCACCCUCUGGGUCAGCCUCGACCCCUAUAUGAGGGGCCGGAUGACCUCCGGCUGGGAAGAGGGGAGCGUUUGGUCCGGAUUCGGAGUUUCGGAAGUUCUGAGGUCGGAAGUCGAGGGCUUGAAAGUGGGUGAUAAGCUAUACGGGCACCAACCAUACCAAGCAUACAUCCUCCACCCCCCUUCCGAGCGAGCAGCAUACCGUCUCCUCCCCUCCCCCUCUCCUAUCCCUCUCUCGGCCUACCUCGGCCCCGCAGGCAUGCCAGGCAAGACCGCCUUCUACGGGCUCAAAGCCCUAGCCCACCCCCAAGCCGGGGAGAAGAUAUUCGUCUCCGCCGCUGCUGGUGCUGUGGGGCAGCUCGUUUGCCAGCUGUGUAAGGCCUGGGGAGUGCGAGUCCUGGGAAGCGCGGGGAGUGAGGAUAAAGUGCGAUUCUUGAUCGAUCAGCUGGGGGUGGAGGCGUUUAACUACAAAGAGGUGGAUACUGCCCUGCAGCUGAAGAGAUUUGGACCGGUGGAUGUGUAUUGGGAUAAUGUGGGUGGGGAGACGCUGGACUGUGCUUUGGAGGCGAUGAAUAGACGGGGGAGGAUCGUUGUCUGUGGGCAUAUAUCGAUGUACAACGUUCCCAAAGAACAGCGGUAUGGGCUCAAGAACACACACGAGAUGAUAUACAAAGAACUCUCUAUGCAGGGGCUUUCUGUCACUCCCUACGAGCAAGAGUACGCAGACGAGUUCUACGCUACUGUACCCCCACUUAUCGCCCAUGGUGAGAUCAAGUACAUGGAGGAAGUGACGGAGGGGCUGGAGAAUGCAGCGGAGGCGUUUGUAGGGCUGUUGAAGGGGGAGAAUAGGGGGAAGGUUGUUGUUAAAGUUACUUGA